AGUGAAAAUGGGAGUGUGAUCCCCCCUGAAGCCACUGUGAAGCUCCCUGAGUGUCUGGACAUGGCACUUGCAGGUUCAGUAGCAAAUCUUACGGAGCUCCCCAGCACUGGAUAAGAAUCCGCUUUUUUCCAUCCAAUCUUAUCUUUGAAGAACCAGUGUCUAGAUCAUCAUGGCAACUGUACAGAAGAUGAUGAGAGCUAUUAGAGUUUUUGAAUUUGGGGGACCAGAAGUGCUGAAACUCCAGUCAGACAUUGCUGUACCGAUUCCAAAAGACCAUCAGGUUCUAAUCAAAGUCCAUGCAUGUGGUGUAAACCCAGUGGAGACAUAUAUUCGCUCUGGUACUUAUAGUAGAAAACCAGUCUUACCUUAUACUCCUGGCUCAGAUGUGGCAGGGGUAAUAGAAGCUGUUGGCUAUAAUGUAUCUGCUUUCAAGAAAGGUGACAGAGUUUUCACUACCAACACAAUCUCUGGGGGCUACGCAGAGUAUGCUGUUGCAGCAGAUCACACUGUUUACCCGCUGCCAGAAAAACUGGACUUUAAACAAGGAGCUGCCAUCGGUAUCCCGUAUUUUACUGCAUAUCGUGCUUUGCUUCACAGUGCCCGGGUGAAAGCUGGAGAAAGUAUCUUGGUUCAUGGGGCUAGUGGAGGAGUUGGACUGGCAACAUGCCAAAUUGCUAGAGCUUAUGGCUUAAAGGUUUUGGGCACAGCUGGUACUGAGGAGGGACAAAACAUUGUUUUGCAAAAUGGAGCCCAUGAAGUAUUUAAUCACAGAGAAGAUAAUUAUAUUGAUAAAAUUAAGAAAUCUGUUGGUGAAAAAGGAAUUGAUGUGAUUAUUGAAAUGCUAGCUAAUGUAAAUCUUAGUAAUGAUUUGAAUCUUCUGUCAUAUGGAGGACGAGUAAUAGUUGUUGGCAGUAGAGGCCGUAUUGAAGUAAACCCACGGGACACCAUGGCAAAGGAGUCUAGUAUAAUUGGAGUUACUCUCUUUUCAUCAACCAAGGAGGAAUUUCAGCAGUUUGCAGCAGCCCUUCAAGCUGGAAUGGAAAUUGGUUGGUUGAAACCUGUAAUAGGUUCUCAAUAUCCAUUGGAGAAAGUGGCCCAGGCUCAUGAAAAUAUCAUUCAUAGCAGUGGGGCUGCUGGAAAAAUGAUUCUUCUCAUAUGAUGAUUAAUUCUUCAUGGGUUUCCUAUAUAAUUAGAGGUUUUUUCCUCCUAAUUCUACUUACUGUUUUUGCUUUAAGUAGCAUUACUUUAUUCAAUCAGUUUCUUACAUUAUAAAAAUAUUUUUCUGAAGAAAUCAUGGGCAUUGGAGUAAAAUUCAUUUUUAUAACAUGCAAUAUUUUUUAUACUUGCCACUUCCAACCAAGGAGUCAUCAUAGUUGGAAGUAGAAUGUUGGUGGUCAUUUGACAUUUGGAUGCAUUCCAGAAAUUCCAAGCAGAUACCUGAUGAUUAAUUCCAAACCUAUGACUAAAACAUUCUAAUUCAAAAUACAACUGCUCAAUUUUCAAGAAUUUCUAGCUCACUUAUAAAGUUUCUUUAGUCUCUGAUAAUCCAGAAUUGUACUGGACUCUAGACUAAGAAAGACCCUUUUCCAAACUAAUUUCAUCUGAAUCUGCAAGUUCUUGGAAGCGCAAGAAUAAACAAUAUCUAGAGCCAUUAGCUUUUCCAAUAUUUCCCCAAAUAUUAGAACAGUCACCAUUUUAAUAGUUGAAUUCCAGUGACCCAUAUGUUUUCUGAGGACUUCAGCCUUAAUCUUUGGUAUAAUAUGUUACUAGGUACAUAUUCUCUACAUAGUUACUUCUUGAUUGAUUAUAUUUUCAAAGUAGAUUUAUAGUUAUCUGUUUGUGUGAUGGGGAUCAUAAAAUUUUGGCCAAAUUUGGCACAUUAAAAAUGAUCUGCUUUUGUUUUUGUAACAUUGUAACCUGCAAUAAAUUAUAUAGGAAAUUAAAAGCUGUUUAUCUAGUUUGUUUUUGUAUAGUUCUACAGUGAAAAUGAUUGCAAGACAUGUUUAUAAUUGCUUAUAAAUUGAAAUAAUUUUUCAAGAAUAAUGUAAGGUAUCAAGACAUAAGUAUCAGCACUCAGGGAAGAAAAUCUAUAACUUGUAUUGAUGCUCAUCUUUAGGUUCUUGCCUCAUACCACUUCUUUGAAGUCCCUGAUGGUUACUUCCUAACAGUGUUCUGUGCUGGAAGUCUUUAUCUAAACUAAAUGGAUGGAUAACUAUUUAGAAAACUUACCAUCAAUAUUUAUGUCCAAGGAAAUGAGGUUUUGUAGUUUAUUUUUUAUUUCUUUUUCUUCAUAUAAACACAGCCUCCUAUGACUGUUGUUAUAUUGUGUGAUAGAUUCUCUUGACUGGGUUUGUAUCUGUUGAAUGACAAUUUCUGUUUUGAUCAUGAAAUUCUACUUCUGUAAUGAAUAGAAAGCACUGCUUAUUUCUGUAAUGGAGGGUGUCAUUGGUUUCUUACUGUCAAUGCCAUGGCUGAAGUGUUUUUGCUAUUAGUGUUUUCUGACUUUAUUCACUAUUUAUUUUAUAAGUUAACCAACCUGUGGAAUAACAUGUAAGAAAAAAGUGUUUAAAAGAAAGUAUUGUCUUGAAUCUAGAGGUUAGCAUUUUAUGUACAUCUUCAAAUGGAGGACACCCCCCCAACACAUGCAAAAAGAUAAAAGAAUAAUUAUUCUGUAAAAGUAGUUGAAUCUGUUUGCACUUUUGCCUCAUCCAAACAAUGAGCUAAAACAUUCUCAGCUCAUUUUGCAAUUUUAACAUUUUCUUGUUAACAUUUUGCAAUCCAUUGAUAUAGUUCAGUCAAUGGAAAGUAAAAACUAGCCAAACUUUAUGCAUUAAUUACCAUAUUUAUGAUUAUGUUACAUUAAGUAUGUUACCUGCACAAAUGUCCUGGUAAUUCCAGUUCUAGUCUUGCCCCAACUUUUCAACCAACUACAUUCACUGUUUAAUUGGUACCUGGAGCCUACGGGCUGCUGUAUCAGUCACCAGUCCCUGUCCCUGAUGGAAAGUAGAGAAAAACCUUUAGAAUAAACAAACAUUGAAAUCCCUCA